AUAUUAUGGUUCAGUUGCAGUGCGCACAGAGCGAGAAUGAGCGAGCGGAGCACCGUUUUACUCAGCCUGUGAGAAAUGGAUCAUCAUAACGCUAUAUUAUUCACAUCUCUUUCUUCCAUGGACAUGUACGCAAAAUCAGCCAUUUAGAUGGCAUUUUUAACUGCUUGUUCUGUAUGCCUUACGGUGGACAGACUUUUUAAAUCCUUCAUCAAGUGUUGUAUUCUGAAAUAUGGCAUUACCUGACAAUGCCACUGGCAUUCCUGCAGAGGAACUGGCCUUUCCAGAAAUUAUUGAACUGAACGUUGGGGGUCAGGUGUAUAUAACCCGCUACUCAACUUUAACAAGUGUGCCAGACUCCCUCCUGUGGCAAAUGUUUAGCCAGAAGAGCACUAAGAGCCUGGCUCGUGACACCAAGGGUCGUUUUUUCGUUGACAGAGAUGGCUUCCUGUUUCGUUACAUUCUGGACUAUAUGCGGGACCAGCAGCUUGUCCUUCCAGACCAUUUCCCAGAGCGAGGACGGCUGCAGCGAGAGGCAGAAUUCUUCAACCUCCCUGAACUUGUUAAACAGCUGGCACCAAAGAUAAGUAAGCAGAACUCUCUGGGCGACGAGGGCUGCCAGAGCGACCCCGAGGAGUCCUCACCUAGCACCGACAUUGCCCGAAACCUGGCCUCGCUGGGGGUGGCCGCAUGUUCCGGCCUGGCCUCGGCUGCAGGUGACGGCAAGUGCUCCGGAUUCAUCACCAUUGGCUACCGGGGCUCCUACACCCUCGGCCGUGACAGUCAAACAGACGCCAAGUUUCGCCGAGUGGCUCGGAUUAUGGUGUGCGGGAAGACUUCUCUUGCCAAGGAAGUUUUUGGGGAAACGUUGAAUGAGAGCCGCGACCCUGACCGCCCCCCAGAGCGCUACACAUCACGCUAUUACCUAAAGUUUACUUUCCUGGAGCAGGCUUUUGACAGGUUAGCCGACGCCGGCUUCCACAUGGUGGCCUGCAACUCCACAGGGACUUGCGCCUUCGCUCAUGAGCAGACUGACGACAAAAUCUGGGCCAACUACACCGAAUAUGUAUUCUACCGUGAGUGAACUUAAACCUGUGUUCCAGCGUCUCCUCCCUGCCUCCCAGACCAGAGAUCACCUGCAAUAGAUGUAGAAGCUUCUAGAUCACAAUCCCCACCACCUUCACCAGACUUUCCCAUGUCAUCAGAGCCCUAAAUGUCUCUCUCAUCCACUGCGCUCAACUAACCUUACUUCCCUUCAAUCAAGCCCCAUUGAUCUUCCCCUCACCAAAAGACUGCCUUCCCUUUUCUCUGCUUUUACAGCUUUUGAGAAACACAAAGUUGUACUGUUGUUAUAUAUUUUGUCGAGCUGAAUGUUGGAAAUGAACGGCUAAUCUAGGCUUGAGCCAUUUGAAAGGGCUUCACUUCUGUCAGUCAAAUUGUUGGACGUAUUGUAAAGCUUUUGAGCUGUUGGCCAUUCUUGAUGAGAAAUAGAUAUGUAAUAGAUUAUGUAAUUUUAGGUCAUUGUUACCAUGUGUAAACCUUUAAUGGGGCCAAAGGAGAGGGAAUCCAUUAGGCUUUAAAACUCUCUUUACAAAUAGAUGCAGUUACUGCAUGUGGAAAUUCAAGUGUCACUGUGAGACCUAAAGAUGUAAUAAUACAGAAAAUUUCAAUUGGUAAAAAGUUGUUUUACACUGAGUAUAUUCGCGCAUCAUACUAUUUUAAUUUUUAACUAACAUUAUUAGUGAAAAGUGUCAAGGCAGGUUAUAAAGAAAGUAGGCAUUAAUUGGGCAGAAUAGUGUAACGUCACCUGAAAGUGCAGGGCUGUAUAGCUGUAUUGGCUGUGUUAGAAGCUUUCAGUGUUUUAUUUGUGUAAGGUUAGAGAAUGUGAGUUGUAACAUCGUGCUCAGAACAUUCAAGUUUUAUUUUCAGGAGUUUCCAGUUCAGUUGAACCAGUCAUACUGCACCUUGUUGUUUACACUCUUAAAAAUAAAGGUUCCAAAAAGGGGUUUAUCACAGUAAUGCCAUAGAAAAACCAUUCUGGGUUCAGUGAACAGUUCUUAAAAGAACCAUAUUUUCUUGUUUUUUUCAAAGAACAUUUGAAAAAUCUAAAGAACCUUUUUCUGAUAUAAAGAGCCUUUUGUGCAAUGGAAAUGUUCCAUGGAUGAAGGUUCUUUAUGGAACCAUUAAUGCCAAUAAAGAACCUUUAUUUGUAAGAGUGUAUUGUCAAUCAAAUAUUUCAGUUGCUUACCGUUUGUGUAAUUUCCUUUCUAAUUUUUCAUAUACUAAUAUUGUUGUUUAAUGAAUUUAAUGUGUCUUUUUAAAUUGGAUCUUAUUCAAAUGUGAUGAUAUUACAUAUAAAUUGAUAUGUAUCAUCAGUUAUAUUCAGUAAUUGAUGUUUGGAUAUUUAAGCAACACAGCCUAUCAUUUACAAUAACACACCAUAUAUUUUUGAUUUAUGAAAAUGAGAUUAGUUACUUUGUGAUUAAGUUGAUAUUUUCUUCUUCAUUAAACGUGAAGCCACUGAGUUAGAUGGUGACUAUUAGAGCUUUAACUUUCAGGUAUUUCCUACAAACACAUCCUUUGUAACCUCAGGCUUAUAAACUGUAACACAAAAUCUUGCAGUGGGCUUUAGUUAUGAGAUGUCAUUUGGGAUUAUAAAUAUCAACCAGUAAUUUAUUUUAUGUCAAUCGGAAAAUAAAUUAAUCCCUUAAUCUUAAUUUCCUGAUAGUCUUUUAAAGGUUGUGUUCAGCAUUGUUUAUAGUGCUAGCCUCAAAGUGUCAUUAUGAAAGCAUGAAUAAAAAAUAAUUAUUCAACAA